GUGAACUGUAUCAAUAUAAAAACCUCAAUUCAUCAUUUAAAUUCUCAAUAGCCAAAACAAUCAUUUAUUUGAUAUGAAUUCAAGCAACGGGAGCGGCUACCUGAGCGCCACCAAACUGAUAAUACUCCUAUGCAUCGAGCAAUACUCCCGGCACUACGAGUGGGGACCCAACACACUCAUGAUCUCGGCGAAUUCCUCAUUAACCAACUCUACGAACCAACCUGGACUGACACCUCCAAGUGGACGAUCUGCGCAGCAGCCUACAAAAAAUCACAAUCCCACUGGUAAAUGGCAACAGGGCGGCGAAGACAGCACAUUAUUAUCGGUGAUUUGCGAGGAACUGUCGGAAUUGCAAACCCUGGACUCUUUGCAUUCGAUUUUUGACAGGGAUCGGUUGCGCGGCGGCAGUGGAAAGGAGAGAGGAGCUAAUGGGGAGGAUAUGUUGUUGGAUUCGGAAACAAUGUCAGAUGUUUGUUCGCUGAUGGAGAUGCAAGAGCACGUUGAAUCUCUAGUUACACUGCUUGAACAAGAGGUUUGCGCGCCGGAAAUCAAACAAGCGCUGGAGCUACUCCCGGACUACUCGCGCAUCCACUAUCUCCAAUAUUUGGACCUCAUUCGCAUGGGGGAAAGCCACGAGAGCGAGCAAUCCCUGCGGCGAUUCUUUGACAACAAUACGAUCAAGGAUAACCACACAAUAUACCAGUAUGCUCUUUUGCACUUGGCCGCUAUGCGUGCGCAAUUGGGUAUGGUGGGUGCGGCGAGGGAGGCGCUGGUGGAGGCUACGCAUGUGGCUCGUGAUUGUCAGGACCAUCUGUGUCUUUUGUAUAUUAUUUGCUGGGAAUCGCGACUUUUGCUCCAGGAUGCUUUGAAAAGCGAGGCCAGCGGCAGCGACAAUAGAGAGGGUGAUGGCGACGCAGAGGGAGGUGCGAUUAGGGCACAUCGGUCUAUUUCCAUGCUUAUAGAUAAGGCCAGGGCUAUGGAGAACCACGAGAUGCGUGCGGUUGGGCAUAUUAUGCUCGUGGAUCUCCUGCUACUGCUCUCGAAUGACACAGACUUUUCGGAAAUAUUCAGCAACCUCGUUCGUGUGCGCGCACUCAUUGUCGAGCACGACUUGACCAAACUGCACGCCUCCUGGUAUCUCACCGCCUCCCGCGCCUUUAUGCACAAUGAGUCAGCUUCUCUGACGGAGCGCGAAAACUCGGAGUUUAUGCGGCAACUGGCCCGCACACAGGCAGUAUUAUGCGGACCCCUGCACGCUGCGCAAUACAUGGUGGGCCAGCUUAGCCAGGCAAAGUUUAUUAAUCCCACGAGGAUGGAUGCUUUGGCCGACCAGCUGCGCUGGCUGCAAGUCGAUGACGAUACGAAAGAUUGCUAUUCACACGAAGGUGCUUGUGACAGCAGCGGCAGCGGCAGUGGUGACGGUGGCGCACGGAGGCUGGGCGAGGCCCGGUCGCUGGUUGAGGACGGAUACAUUUGCGAGGCUAGGGAGUUGCUUAUUGAAAUCGUCUGCUGUGGCGAGGCACGGAUCCCGUCGGACCUCCGCUACCGCCGGUCUCUGUACGAGCCAAUCGUCGUAAGGAAGGCGAUGCAGCUUUUAAGCUCGCUGGAGUAGACAUUCCCACGGAAAACCACCUUUUUGAGGAAAUCUGUUAGUAUUUUUGCAAGUUGCCUAAAACAAAUAAGCUUCCUGCCCCAAAUGCUCUUUUUGAGCACAGACCAGCCCAAUUCGGCAAGAAAAUAAUGGAGGAAAUCAAAGCCGAGAUUACCACUAGAGUGACUCCUAAGCAACAGAUUUUAGGCGUGCGCGCUAUCACUCACAGAUCCGUCCAAUCGCAUUUGGAAAUUUCCAAACGAGGAAAGGGAGUUUGAACAUUUUAUAAGACAAUUACCAAUUUGGUCAUUUUCCGCCGCAUUGGGUUAUAUUUUCUGUUUCUCGAUUUGUAAUUUUU